UAUCGCGCGGCAGCCAAGGCAAGAACUUGAGGAAGUGACGCGGGUUCGCUGCAACGCUAUUCAAGAAGUUGUCUUGAAUAACUUCUGUCCCAGUCCAGUGACGAUGCUGGUUCGUAUCUUGCAACUGUGUGUGCAACUUCUUGCGCUGCCCAUCUACGUGGCUUCCUACCUUGGCUUAUGGGAUCCGAUUUGUAAAAAAACUUUCCCAUAUUUCAUGAAGACGUUCACUAAAAUCUAUAACGAAAGACAACACAAGGUAAAGGAGUCGCUGUUCAAGAACAUGGGAGACUUCGCCGACUCCUCAGGAAAGCUCCGCCUGCUAGAGAUUGGCGUAGGCUCAGGAGCCAACUUCCAGUUUUAUCCGCCAGACACUCGCGUAACCUGCGUGGACUACAAUCCCAACUUUAAAAACGUCCUCCUGGAGAGCAUGGCGAAGAACGCGCACCUCCACUUUGAGAACUUCGUCGUAGCCUCCGCCGAGGACCUCUCCUUAGUACCUGACAGCUCAGUAGAGGUGGUGGUUGGCACGCUGCUGCUUUGCUCGGUGAACAACGUCAAGGCUGUCUUAAAGGAAGUUCUGAGGGUGCUCAGACCAGGUGGUGUAUUCUAUUUCAUUGAACAUGUAGCAGCUGGCCGAUCCACCUGGACCUACUUCUGGCAACAAGUCUGUGACCCUACAUGGAGAUGCCUCGCAGAUGGGUGCUCCGUGCUGAAAGAGACUUGGAAGGAUUUUGAGAAUGCAGAGUUUUCUGAACUGAACUUGCAACACAUCAUGAGCUCAUUGACCAUUUCUGUAUUAUGUCCCCAUAUUUAUGGAUAUGCUGUGAAGUAAUUGUUCAGUACAGGGAGAGCAUCUUUCUCCUGAAAUAAGGUUACUGAGUUCAAGGAAUUAAGGAAUUAAUAGUUGCAAUAAGAAAAAUGCUUCCUCUAUCCUAUAUGAUUCAAAAUUGAGAAAGGCUCCUAAAAGCUCAGGCCACAAUAAACCUAAACGAUAUCUUGGAUUAGGUUUGGAGGAAGAGCAAAUAAUAAGUUAGAAGUUGAUAGAAAAAGUACAUCCUACUGUUGGAAGACCAUGUGGGGGGGGGGGGGAGAGCCUAAUCACCCAUUUUGCUGUUGCAUCACUCAGUCCUGCAAGUGAGCUUCCCAGGAAGGCGGGCUAGAGGCGGCCCUGUCUUGUCUUUGGGUAUUACUCACAACCUGUGUGGAGUUCUCUGAAAGCAAAGCGAUAAUGGGCAAAGCCCUAAUUUAGACACAAGCAUAUCAGAUAAUCUUCCUUAAAUAAUACCUUGGGCAGGGGUCUUGUUGGCCUUUAGGAGAGGCCAACACAGAAGGAAGGUAACAUCUUUCUCAGCUUCUAACCUGCUGCCUACCCCCGGCGGUUGCACUCUAGAGUGGGUAAAACUGCAUAUAUUGGCAUGGGAUUAGAUGGAAAGCUAAGGCUUGGAAUUUAGAAACAGGUAUCUUGAAUCAAAGCUUGCUAACUGCUGCAUUACGUAUUAUUUCCUUGUUUUACUGAUGAUUGUAUUGCUUUUAAAGUAGUAAUAGAAAAAGAAAACAAAAAAAAUAUAAUGCACAUACAUACGUUCUCAAAAAUAACUCAUAGAAAGUGCUUGAAAAAAGU